CGGACAGGUCUCGGGUCCACUCAUCAAUAGACCCUUUUCACGGGAAUGAAAGGCGUGGAAAGAUUGAUAGCAAAAUCAAAGGCGGAGGGGUUUCCCAUGGAAGCUAGCUCGCUGGCUAUCAGUGCCCAAAGGUCAUGAUGCUAUCUCGCCAUGAUGCUUGGCGUGCUGGGGAAGUCGGUUCGUCGGCAGCGCUAUGCAUCUAUUAUCGGAGAACCGUCAACGGCUUGGAAUUGUGGUUGUCUCUGGUUCUGGGUCAAGGCACGAGAAAAAGUAAGGGCGACUCGUGUUGAGUGUCGUGAUGUGCAUGGCUCGCAUGGUAUGAGCAAGGAGAAAAAGGAAAGAAGAAGAAUGAGAAGUGACCGAAAGCGAGCAGGUCCCUCCAACCCAGCCAAUCAGCAAGCACGAGGUGGGGUUUCACACGCUGAGCGGGAAGGCCCGUGGCAGCGUGGUUGCCUUUCACGGUGCUUUUUUGGGGGCACUUUCCAACUCUCCAGGGCUCUUUCCCCCCAAGCACCUCAUCUGAGACCCACCUCCUCUCAACGGUCGAGCAUAUCGACAAGCAAGGGAGAGGAAGGCGUCAGACAAAUGAUGGAAGCGAAUGCGAAAUCUUUUUCAUCUUCCCAUUCUCCUGCAAUGCUUCCAUUUUCGUCCAUUCUCAGCCUUCAUCUUCCGAAACAUGCGAUGUCCACGACAGCUGCCGGCUUACCCAACUUGUCUGGUCGAGCCUAUAAGACAAAAAAGCAAGACCAGUAGGCAGAUACGUAGGAGCAAGAUGGGCAGGCGAGCGAGCCAUACGAGAACGAGCUUUCCUUCUGGUCGUCCCAGUCUAGAAACAUUCCCUCGCAAGCCACGUCUCAGCUAUUUUCUGUCGCCUCCCUUCCUCGUCACA